UUUUUGUAAUUUUAAUCGCAGUUCAUCAUAAUUAAUUAGAUAGGCUUAAAUAGCCUGGCUGACAUGGAGGCAUCCUGUCUGCAGCGGAGAAAUCGUUCAUUUAAACGAGUUGGCAAAUUCGGUCGGGUCGGUCGCGGCUGUUGAGCAAGGCUGCAGCAGGGUUGCCUGCAUACAGUUGAAGCCCAAAAAGGUCUUAAAUGCUAAAUGCUACUGGGGAACAGUGUGGGACCAUGCUAAAGUUCACAACUAGUAAAUGAUUCAUUCGUUCAACACCGGGGUGAGAGUUGGCAAACGGCGCCGAAGAUCAUGAGCGGGAUUCAAGAUCUCAGUUUCGAUCCCAAAGAGCACCAGCAUCUGCGUUACAACCCGCUAAAAGACAGCUGGGUCCUGGUUUCGGCCCACCGCAUGAAGAGACCCUGGGCUGGGCAGGUAGAAAAACCCCCUGAGGAGCACAUACCUAGAUAUGAUCCUCGCAACCCUCUCUGCCCUGGCAACACAAGAGCAAAUGGAAAGGUAAACCCAAGUUAUGAUAGCACUUUCGUGUUUGAAAAUGACUUCCCUGCUCUUCAGCCAGAUGCUCCAGAUCCUGGCUCAGAUCAACAUCCGUUAUUCCAAUCGAAAACCGCCAGAGGUGUUUGUAAGGUAAUGUGUUUCCACCCCUGGUCUGACAUCACCCUCCCUCUGAUGAAAAAACAAGAGGUUGUCAAGGUGAUUGAUAAGUGGGCGGAGCUUUUAGAGGAACUUGGUGCCACAUACCCGUGGGUUCAGAUCUUUGAAAAUAAGGGGGCGAUGAUGGGUUGUUCGAAUCCACAUCCUCACUGCCAGGUGUGGGCUAGCAACUUCCUGCCCAAUGAGCCUGCUCUGUCAGACCGCUGCCAAAGAACGUACCAUCAGAACCAUGGAGAGCCGCUGCUGGUGCAGUAUGCCAAACAAGAGGCAGAGAAAAAGGAACGUGUGGUGGUGGAGAAUUCUGAUUGGCUGGUUGUGGUGCCAUAUUGGGCAACGUGGCCGUACCAGACAUUGCUGUUACCACGACGACAUGUCCUCAGAAUCAAUGAACUGACAGAGGUGGAGAGAGAGAGUCUGGCAGCCAUUAUGAAGCAACUACUGACCAAGUACGACAACCUCUUUGAAGUUUCUUUCCCAUACUCGAUGGGCUGGCACGGAGCCCCAACUGGCCCUCAUUUAAAAGAAGACAACUCUCACUGGCAGCUUCAUGCUCAUUACUAUCCCCCUCUGCUGCGUUCAGCCACAGUUAAAAAGUUCAUGGUGGGGUACGAGAUGCUUGCCCAGGAGCAAAGGGAUCUAACUCCAGAACAGGCUGCUCAGAAGUUAAGAAAUCUUCCAGAAGAGCACUAUAAAACAAGAGAGAAGUAUGAAAAAGAAGAAAAAAAUAAUGUAAACAAUCCACUAAUGUUUUGAAAGAGCUCUGAUUGGAGGCCUACUAGUUAAAACAUGCCUUUAACAAAGCAUCGGGAGUAACUGGUGACGUUUUUCUGUACAAGUGAAAUCUGUGUUGUUACAUCUUAUUGUGCCAUUGCUUGGCUGCAGAUUUUGGACACAAUAUGUCUAUACACCAACAAUGACUGCACAAACAUGGAAGAACUAAAAAUAAAUCAUAUUAAUCAGUUUAAAUUUGAGUCUCCUCUGAACAACAGAGCAAGAACUUUUACUAUUGAUGCGUCUCGUUUAUGAGGGCUGAAUGGAGGUGUCAAAAUCCGCAUAAACAAAGCAGUAUCAAUUUCCCUUCUGAUUCUGUGCUCAGAAGUUGGCUCUGCUUAGUAUUAAUUUAAACCCCAUUACAGGUUUUUAUAAUUAAUUUUGUUCUUUUGUGGGUUUUAUGUACUGUUAAGGAAAUUGAAUCUGAUGUAUUUUUUAUGCAUUUUUCUCCUUGCUGUUAUGAACGUGAAAUAAAAUGUAACAUGAAACCCA